AUGAAAAGUGAAUACAUUGGAAAAACACUGAAUGUAAAAAUAUUCGUGGAAGGACGAUUUGAACCACCUGUGAAUUUACCACGAGAACCGUCCGAAUCUGAAGACAGCUUACAGGACAUCUGCGGACAGCGAAGUAGUGAUCAACCUGAAUUCAUGGCGGAGCUGUUUCUGGACAUAGGUGGGUUAAUAUUCUCCGACAAGUUCAUACAAAUAGUCGCCAUGCUGCCAUCAGAUAGAAUGUAUGGAUUGGGAGAACAAGUUCAUCUCACUUUAAAGCAUGACUUUUCCGUUUAUCGAACAUGGCCAAUGUAUGCAAGGGAUGAAUUUCCUUUCACCGAAUAUGUGGACACAAAAAAUCUUUACGGAGUUCACCCUUUCUACAUGAUCCUGGAACCAGACGGAAAAGCGCAUGGUGUACUUAUCUUCAAUUCUAAUGCACAGGAAGUGACAACAGCGCCAGGUCCAGCGCUGAUUUAUAGAACGACAGGAGGGAAUCUGGAUCUGUACUUCUUCCCUGGACCAUCUCCUGGAGAAGUUACCCAGCAAUAUUUAGCCUUUAUUGGAAGACCCGUCCUUCCGGCCUACUGGGGGUUAGGAUUCCAGAUCUCGCGUUGGGGUUAUAAAGAUUUCGACGAAUUGAAGAAAGUUAUCUCAAGAAAUAUGGAUGCUGGUAUUCCUCUAGAAGUAGUAGUCUUUGACAUUGACUAUAUGGACAGGUACAAAGACUUUACACUCAAUCCA